AUGAGUUUCGUUGUGUCUUCGUACUCGUUUGGUGUUUUGACCCUCCUUUUCCAUCCUCCCUUCUGUGUCAAAGUUUCGCUCUAUCGAUUGAAACACCAGCCCAAGACCGCCUUGCCUCUUACCAGGAUCAUCAUGCCCGACUUGGCAAGACUUUUCGAGACUUUCUCUCGGCUCAAGGUCGUCAUUUCUACCCGCCCGUAUCAAUGCCCCGACGUGAUGUGGCCAGUGAACCUGCUGUCCCUUAAUGAGCCAUCUACCAUACGAACCAAUCAGUCCGUUGUUACCCGGACUCGUGAACACAUGAGUUGA